AAAAGCCUCUCUUUCCCUCUCAGAGAGAAGAUGGCGAUGAGAGCGAAUGAUCCUCUGGUGUUGGGGAGAGUGGUAGGGGACGUGGUGGAUGCUUUCAUCCCAAGUGUGAUAAUGGCUGUGACCUACAACCCCAACAAUCAAGUCACCAAUGGCCGUGAGUUCUUGCCUUCUGUCAUCGCUUCUAGGCCUCGAGCAGAGAUUGGUGGCGAUGACAUGAGGGCUGCUUAUACCAUUAUCAUGACAGACCCAGAUGCUCCAAGCCCGAGUGAACCCUAUCUAAGGGAACACCUUCACUGGAUUGUCACAGACAUUCCAGGCACCACUGAUGCUUCCUUUGGAAGAGAAAUCGUGGGGUACGAGGCUCCGAAGCCGGUGAUCGGAAUCCACCGAUACGUGUUCGUGUUGUUCAGGCAGAGGGCCAGACAGACCGUGAGAGCACCAGCUUCCAGGGACUGCUUCAUAACCAGGGACUUUGCUGCUGAGAAUGGCCUGGGCCUGCCUGUUGCCGUUGUUUACUUCAAUGCCCAGAGGGAGACUGCCGCAAGAAGAAGAUGAAUUAAUGAAUCAUCUUAAUUAUUACUAUUAUUAUUUCCUCCAUUAAUUGUGUUUCCCAAAUAAGAAGUGCUGUUUUUCUAUUGACUAUAUCAUUAAUUAAUUGUUGUGGGUCAGUGUAUUUCCCGUACUGGGAUUCUGGGAUUUGGGAUUCGUGGGUCCGGUCCGGGGUUGAUAAGGUUUCCUCUUUGGCUUGCCGUCAUGUAAUGUGAAUCUUUGCUUUGUUGGGGGCGAUCUGUGUGAUGUGGUCCCUCCUGAAUCCAUCUGUGUCAACUUCUGUCCGCCAAUAGUUGAUGAACAGAGUGGAUUUGCUUUUAGUCAUUGUAAUUUCUUUUAAAAAAUAAAAAAGAACAUUCUCUGCUUUUAUACCAAGUUGCAACUUCUCUCUGCCAAUAAUUGAUGGACAGAUUGGAUUUGCUUUUUAGUCAUUGCAAUUUCUGUCAAGAAAAUAAAAAGAACGUUAUCUGCAUUUGUGCCAAGUUGCUGUAAUUUAUUUACU